AUGGAUUUGAUAACUAAUGUAAGCGAGUUUGAAGCAAUUGCAAAACAAAAAUUGCCAAAGAUGAUUUAUGACUACUAUGCAUCAGGGGCAGAAGAUGAAUGGACAUUGAAAGAGAACAAAAACGCAUUCUCAAGGAUUCUAUUCAGGCCGCGAAUUCUUAGGGAUGUAAGCAAGAUAGAUUUAACAACAAAUGUGUUAGGAUUUGAUAUAUCAAUGCCUAUCAUGAUUGCUCCUACAGCUAUGCAAAAGAUGGCUAACCCUGAAGGAGAAUAUGCUACUGCUAGGGCAGCAUCAGCUGCUGGCACAAUCAUGACACUAUCCUCGUGGGCUACUUCCAGUGUUGAGGAGGUUGCUUCAACUGGACCCGGCAUUCGCUUUUUCCAACAAUAA